CGAUAUGACGAGGACAUGAUAAUGUAUAGCAUUGCAGGAAUCGCCCUCAUCAUGAGCACAUAACGCAAGGGUCAUUGACAGUGUCGGUCCAGGCUCAGAACAAGACUCUUUAUUGGGGAAGUUCAUUGAGAAAUCUGACAGUCUGUUACAAGUCUGCAAAACAGCCGAUGGAUACAAUGAAAAAGAAACAAACUGUAGCAACCCACUGGAAUUUCUGUGUCAGAGAAAUGUCACGUGCGAUUGUGUUGCAUAUGUGCACCUGGAGGAACAGCACACGCGAGGCGCUCGUCUGGUGAGGAGUUUCCACUGAGGGCGGCGCUACGCUCUUUUCAGGAAGUGCCAACAACAGAGGAAAUUUUAUUGUCGUGGUAAAUAAAAAAAGUUCCUCGUUUGUGACAUUCAUAAGCAGGUGUGGAAUGUUUGCAGGUCCAUAUAACCCCAAUCCCAGAGAGAGCGAAACGAUCGCGUCUGCGUGUGAUGACCCGUUAGCAAUCAGAGAUGUCUGCAGUAACUCUCGUGGAUCUCACACACGCCUGCUCUUCACAACAUGACAUUUGUGUGAAAAAGCGUAUCAGCAAGUUCCGUGCAUUGGCCGGGAAUGGCUCACAAGAGCCGGUCUUCUUCAUCGCGGAUCCAGAGAGCUCUGUGGGGACGGACAGAUUUCCUAGAAGCUCACUUCAGGAGAUGUUUAUCGGUUUGAGCGGCUCCCCAAAGGUCCUGUGCAAGAGCUCGCUCUCAGCCGCGUUAUACUCAUUCAAACAGGCUAUAGACGAAGAGGACAUUAGUAACGUGAAGAUCGUGACUUCGAGCCGCGGGAGAGGGGUGUUUCAGGUCUACCAGCAGCUCCUCUUCACUUCUGCGUAUAAUUUCGAGUACAGUGUCAUGUUUGACAGUCUGUCCCGUGACUGCUGUCCCUCGGGACAGUGCACAGCUGACGCUGAACAUGAGCUCAGCACGUUUCUACAGCACCUUCCAGCGCUCAAAGGAGACAUUACAAUUCUUAGAUCUUCUUUAGUUUCAGACUGCUUCGGUCAUGGCUUCUCCACUCGUACUGGAGGUAUAUCCUACAUCAGCACUCUGAGCUCACUGAACCUCUUCUGUAACCCGCGGCGGAAAGACUCCAGAGCCGUGGUGGCUGAGAACCUCCGGCGGCUCGGCCUGCAGGCUGGAUUUCACCCUCAACAGUUCAACCUCAUAAAGUGUAAUCAUGCCAGUGAUGUGUGGGUGAUGGGCAAACCCGCCCCCGACAGUUACGACGGGAUGGUGACCAAUCAGGUGGGUGUUGUCAUAGCAGCACCAGGGGCUGAUUGCAUGCCGCUGCUCUUCACUGACCCUGUAGCAAAGGCCAUUGGAGUGGCACAUGCAGGGUGGAAGGGGACCCUCAUGGGCAUUGCCAUGGCAACGGUGAAUGCCAUGGUGUCAGAGUUUGGCAGCAGGCCUGCAGACAUUGUGUGUGUGAUCGGUCCUUCUGUUGGGCCGUGCUGCUUUACUCUGGAGCAAGAUUCGGCCCGAGAGUUUCACGCCAUACACCCAGACUGUGUUAGACACAUCGACUCAUCAAGACCUAAUGUAGACAUCAGACACGCAACCAGAAUUCUGCUGGAGAGAGGUGGGAUUAAACCUGAACACAUCGAGGACAUCAGGAUCAAGUCUGACUCCACACUCUGCACCUCCUGCCAUCCUGAACUAUUCUUCUCCCAUGUGAGAGAUGGACUCGACUUUGGCACACAAAUUGGCUUUGUGUGGAUCAAAUAAUCCUGCAUUCACCAAGCUUUGAUUGAAUGUGCACAAUCAUUACAUAUGCAUGUAUUCAUUUAGGAGACGAAUCUAAAUGACAGUACAUAAAUAUAUUAAUAUAAUAAAUAAUUUAAUAUGGAAUUGCACUUCAAAUGAACACAAUCAUUCAGUUACUUCACAAACAUCACAUCACAGGACUGCAGAAGUAGCUUUACAUGCAUACAAACAGUGCACUUGUAAUUAAUAGUAGGAGGUAGAACUUCUUUAUUUGCUAACUUAAAAAUUUCCCGAAAGCUUACUGCUGGUUGGUGUCCUGAUCGGCAUUUUUAAGAGAUGAUUAGAAUUUGUCUCUCUUCAGGAGAAUAAUUGGUGACAGUUGUAUAGACUCUUUAUAAAUAAAUUAAUGAUAAAUUUAUGAACUCAUGAUUUAUGUAAUUUAAUGUAAUUUUUUAUUCAAAUAGUAUUCAUAUCCUCAUUUUUAAUUAUGAAACUAAGGGAUAGUCAUACAUCGCAGGACAAUUUCCACAUUUUACUUGGUAAUUGCUGAAUUGCUAAAAUGUUAAAACUAUAAAUUAUAAUAGAUGAUUUUGUGUUUUGGAUAAAAUCUGUGAUGUGUGCGGUCCAGCUGAUUUAUAAAAAUAUAAGUAUAAUAUAUAUUUUUUCUAUAAGGACAGUAAAAUGACAGGUCAUGUCAACAACACAUUUUGGAAGAAAGAAAGAAACCUCACUAAAAUACAUAAAUCAGGAACUGUCUGUUAAUAUCUGUGAUUUGUAUUUUUUUUUUUAUUCUGUGUUUUCAAUUACACAAUCUAUUUUUAAUUAACUAUUUUUAAGGGGUUGAAAUAGACUGUGAAUGUACACUAAUCAUUUUAGCGUGACCAUUCAUAUAUUAUAAUCGCUAAUUCUAAUUGUUUAGUGCAUUUUUGCACUAACCAAAUCAUCUCAGAGAAAACAGCUAUUUUUUAUGUCAUGUCAAGCUUGAAACUAUCCUAGUGGGAUCAUAUAUUUUAUUGUAGCUUAUAAUAAAACUAUUUGUAAAAUA